AUGUGUCAUACCCUCGCUAUGGAAUGGAGCAAGCAUGGGAUCCGCGUCAACAGUAUCUCCCCCGGUUUCGUUCGCACCGCCAUGACAUACUACGUUGAGACCGCACCCGACUGGGACCUGAAGAUGCAAUACUAUGGCGGUAUGCCCCGUCUAGCUGACCCACGUGAGCUGGGCGGUGCCUACGUAUACCUGCUUAGCGAUGCUAGCUCAUACACGAGCGGCAUCGACAUUCCAAUUGCGGGUAUUGUCGGUGCGUGGUGA